UGAGUUCGUGACCCGUGACCAUUGCGUGACCCCAACUUGGCGUGACCCCAUGCAGCCCCCCCUCCCCUCGGGACGCCAUCUCUUUUCCUUUGUUUAUUUAUUUAUACAGUUCUGUUCUUUAAGGCAAUAAGGCAUCUUCUUAGUCGUAAAGAAUUCCGGGCUCCAGAAAAAGAUAGAAGCCAACCCAAAUCCUCAAUUUCAGUUCAGUGUGUCUUUGAUCUUUGAUCCUCGCUACCAGCUUGAAAGUACCUCGUCCUAUUUAAUUUCAAUAGAUUUCACGCUACCUCAAAGUAUUCUGCUCUAUCAAGCCUUUCUUUUAAUUUUCAAAUGACAAGUGAACAAAAAAAUGUCUGGAGUGUGUGGUCGGAAGAAAGUUCCAAAAAAAGCUCUAUCGAAAGAAGCUUUACGUGUGACAGCUCAGAAGAAAAAAGAAACUACCAUCAAAGCAAUGGCUAUUAUCGAGAAAAUGAUAGACAGUAAAGUAGAAGAAAAGUGGUUGCUUGAUUCAGUGCAUUCAAUCACUCAAGAUCAGUAUCAAGAUGUUACAGAAGAGAGGGCCAUUACAGAACUUUGUGGUUAUCCAUUGUGUUGUAACAUUUUGAAAAAUGUUCCGUCCAAAAUAUACCAUAUCUCUACGAGACAAAACAAAGUCUACGACAUCACUGACCGAAAGAAUUUUUGUAGCAGUGGAUGUUACAAAGCAUCUAUCUUUUUGAAGGAUCAGUUAUUAAGUAGUCCUCUAUGGUUGAGAGAUGCUGAAGGAAGACCCGAUUACAAAAUUCUUCAUAUAGAUAAAGGCGGAAGUCUUGGAGCAGAAGUCGAUUUUGGACAUUCCCGAGUUCGUUUAUCCGAAGUUAAUUUGCCAAGCAAUGUAUCAACUGCUGAAGAUGAUGCAUCUGUACUCGGAGACCCACCAAAUUCCCUCAGUGAAAGUGAAAAACUGCCUCAAGAUCCAACGGAUGAAGGAAGCACUACCCAGGAAAACGUACUUUGUGGCCAAGAAUCUGAGGAACUUUCAACUUCAUUAGUAUCUGAGAAGCUUUCAACCAUAACUCAGGUUAAACUUAAAGAAAAUGAGAGCUCUGAAGGCAGAGAAAUUUUGCCAUCCAAUGACAAAGGGGAGCAAGUUUGUUUCACUAACCCUAAUUCAUCAAAGAACCAUAAUAAUGGGUCAGAGUCAAUUACUGUCCCUCAAGAAGAUACCGAAAAAUUUGAAAAUUUUGUGUCUAGUUUAGGUAGUUCUGAAAACACAGAAUUAGCUGCAGAUGAUACCCCUUCCUUGCAGGGUAAUCUAUCACCGAGCAUGAGGAGUGACUCCAACAAUGACUCUGUCAGUUUAUUAGCCUCAGCCUCCAAAGAGAAAAGUACAAAGAAUUUGAUAUUUCAAGAAAGCUCCUGUUCAGAAAUCUGUGAAAAGGGACAUUCCAUGGCUUCCACCACUAAUGUAUCUGUGCAAGACAGCACUGACUGUUUAGAAAAUUCGGACUCAACAGUAGUCAAAAAUUGUUCUGUGAUCUCUGAAAGCUGCAAUGAACAAUCAUCUGGGGUAGAAGGAAGCUCUCAUUUGGCAAAUUCUACUCUGAAGUCCAAUUCUAUAAAUUCACGUGCAGAAACUACCUUAAAUGUUCCUGUGAGUAAAUCUAGUGAAAGUUCCUGCAGUAGAACAAAAUUAGAAAGCUCUACAACUGAGUCGAAAUCUAGUGAGCAUUCAGUUUUUAAGAAACAACGACAUAAAACAAAAAAGCAAGAAGAAAACAUCGACCGGAAGAAAAUUUUACUUGAAGUUGUGAAACAUAUAGAAAAAUGUCUCCGAGAAUGGAUGACCUUCGACUCACUGGUCUUCCUUCUUGGCGAGGAGUCCGUCAAAAACUCGCUACGUUUAAAAGGCGCAGAUUUCAAGGAUUGUCAAAACUUAUGCGGAACAGAUGCAAGUACCUACGAGAAAUACUUGAGCAUUUGCAAGAAGUUGAACAUGUUAGAACUGGAAGAUGCUAGAGCAGACGCUGCUGCAAAAGAAAAAAAUGCUGAUCUGAAGCCGCUCCCUGAUUACAGUCUGCUACAAAGAGAGGCCAAGCAAUUGGAAAUCAAAGUCAGAUCUUUUUAUGAAGGAAGCACGAGAAUAGAGAUAGAAGAAGCGACUCCCCAAAACUGCAAUAAAGAGGAUGAUGAGGGCGUAGUCUUACCAUUAGUGGAUUUGCAUGCUCAAAAGGCUCUUAGGAGGAGAAUUGUCCUAGAUCGUCUAAAUGUUAUAUUGCCUGACCUUGGAAGAACACUGAAUCUUAGUACUUUCAACUUAACUUCAGCUGUCAGAAGUCUCAGCCAAACAUUUAAUUUUAGUUCCAGCAACAUUACCUUUAAACCUCCUGAGUGGUAUUUCAUUGCAAUGGUGCUUGUCAAAUUAUUAUCUCUGCAAGACAAGAACAUGCACAUCCUGUUAGAAAGUGGCUCAUCAGAAAAGUACCUCACACUUCUCCUCAUGAAUUGGGGCUUGGAUGCUGGUUAUUUGGAUAGACUGAUCUUGUGGUUGAUGGACAUAGAUUAUCUUCUUCAAAAAACUAGCUGAGAUUUACUCUUCAUUUAAUAAAUCGAGGCAGUCCUGUUGAUGACGAAGAAGACGAGGAAAUCGAAGUUAUAACAUUAUCUUCUGAUACCGAAUCGGAUUAAACUAAUUGUAAGCAUUUGUUCGUUUUAAGAAAGAAAAAAAUACAGUAAAGUAAAAUGAAUCGUAUCGAAUCAAUCAAUUUGAAAAAAAUUAGUUUCGUAGUUACGCAGAGUUUUUUUUAGAAAAUUUGUUUUUUCGCAGAAGGGGAAGUAUAUUUCGGCUUCAACAUUUAAGUUCAAAACUGAGUGAUUAAAAAAUGAAAAAAAUUAAGUAAAAUAGUAAAGUUUCAGGAGACGUGUAAAAUGGACAGAAUCAAUUGUUUUUUUCGGUGUAAAAUUGAAAGGACUCACCUGAGUAAAAAAAGGCAGAAGAUGAUGAUGAAAAAAGGAAUUGUUCCCAAAACUGACGAGGAGAGUAUCGGCUGAAGAAUCCUGCACCGGACACAAACGGUAAGAAAAUAAAACUUCUUAAUUUUUUUCCGCACUUGACACAAGGGAAGGCGAGGACCGUUAGGCUGACACAAGUGUAGGCUAGCGGGAGCGCGGCGUCAUUUAUAAGGUGGGCUCUACGGCGAGUGUGGGGAACAUGGAUACUGGAGGGAGAAUAUUGCGCAGUAUGAUGGAAGUGUUUACUUAUUCGACUUGGUGUGAUUUUUUUCAGGGAGCAGAGGGGAAUGAUACAGCAGAAGGUUACAAAUUUUCGUUUCUCCUGUCAUAGAAGAGUACGUAUUGCACAAUAUUAUGUUUUGUGUUUACAUAUUGAAAUAUUUUUUGUAAUUUUCUCCGCGGAAACUCGGCCCACUCCUUGUUAUAGUGUGUUCGAGGUUGUAGUUAUUGCACAAAAUGAAGCAAAUUUUUUUUUUGACAACGUGAACCUUGUAUGGUUGCAUCAGAAAAACGAGUAGUUUCUGCACAAUCUAGGAUUUGAUAUAAAAUGGACUGAAAACGAUACAAAGCUAGGGGGGGCCCCGAGGGUAGUCACGCAAACGCAGGCAGUGGGGCGUAGCAUGGUCAUGAAUUGGCUAUGAUGUCAAGUUUAAUUAUGAAUUUCAGUGUCUGUUUGGAUGGUAUUUCUAACGAAAAAAAAUGAGGAAUUCUUCUACACAAUCUGGGAUGGACAAGAAGGAAUCAGUCAUUACGAAUUUCUGAGAGUAACAUAGUCUGAUACGACACAAAGCAAGCCGGGCCCACGAGGGCCCGGCUUGCUGGAGUGUGGUGUACUUUGUAAGGGUGCUAUCUUCUUAAUCUGACACAAUGCAUUAUUGGGCUAAAAAUUAGGAAACUUAUUGUUUAACAUUACAGCACACGUAUCCUUGAGCAGAUUGUGACGACACAAAGCAAGGGGCCCUAGCGGGCCCCUUGCUGGAGUGUCCUACGGCUUCUAAAUAUAGUUGUUCGCAUGGGUGUCCUUGCGUAGAUUGAGACGUCUUGCAACAUUUGGCAAGUAAGGGUCUAACUGCACGGGGGAAUUGGGCGCGUUCGUGAGGUCAGUGAGGCCUAAGGACGGCUCACGCAGUGGACCCUGUAAUUAUUCAUCACUCCGGCACAGAGGAAAAAGUAGCAUAAGUUAAGACGCAACAAAGCAAGAGACGCUCUGCUGGAUCGUAGUACAGGCUCGGUGGAUAGAUGUAAAUUGCGGUAUUGGGCUAGACAUUAGGCAACUUGUUGUUCAAAAUUAUCGCAUGCGUGUCCUUGCGUAGAUUGAGACGUCACAGAGCAAGGGGCCCUGGCGGGCCCCUUGCUGGAGUGUGUUACGGCUUCUGAAUAAUAGUUGUGAACUGCGGUUUUCGGGUAAAAUAUUAGGACAUAUGUUGUUUCGUAUCAGUAAACGUGUGAUUACCGUGAGAAGAUGUGCUCGUCAUUAGCACGGAUGCAUUUUGUGCUUAUUAUAAGCACAAAGUGCAGGAUGCAGUUUGUGCUCACGAUGAGCACACAGUGCAAGAUGCAGGUUGUGCUCAUUAUAAGCACAAAGUGCAAGAUGCAGUUUGUGCUCAUUAUAAGCACAACGUGGGAGAUGCAGUUUGUGCUCAUUAUAAGCACAACGUGGGAGAUGCAGUUUGUGCUCAUUAUAAGCACAAAGUGCAUGAUGCGGUUUGUGCUCAUUAUAAGCACAAAGUGCAUGAUGCAGUUUGUGCUCACGAUGAGCACACAGUGCAAGAUGCAGGUGUGCUAAGACAUAUAUUUGCUACCUACUUGCACUCGCUCCAUCACUCGGGGAAGAGGAGCGAGCCCCGUCUCUGUAAAUGCUAUAAGGUCGUGAAUCAUCUCCGCAAUUGGAUGUUUGUCAAAUUUUUUCUGCCGUUGCUCCAUUGUUAUCUUUUUAGUCGCGAUUUUUUUGUCCUUCUGGAGUUGGAUCUCGUCUUCCAGAAGAGCUUGUGUCGGUAUUUCCGGAGUUUCGGACCGGCUCCGCGAUUUUUCUCUUUCCGUUUCGGAUUCCGAAUCCACCACACUCGAAAUUUCUACCAGACGCGCUUUCUUCAUCAACCGAUUUUCGAGUUUGCUCUUCUUCCCCUCCGUAAUGUUGGAAUAUCGCGUCAAGUCCGCAUCCCGCUUUUUAGUACCCGGUUACGAUUUUCUCGCUGCGGCACUUAAGCGGAAAUCGUCGGGGCCAAAAGAAAACGCACUCAAAUCAUGAAGGAAAUAUUUAUUGAGUGAUAGGCAUGGUCACGCUAAUUAUUAACCAUGUUAUCAACCUAUGUUCGUGUAAUCGACGGAAUUGCGUUUUGACUUUAGAUCGAAUUGUUUCGGAAAAAUUGAUACCCUCUCCCAAUUCCUUAUGGAACCCUGCAUCUUGAAAUUCCUGAACCCCUUGAGCGAGAGGGAUACUUUUGGAGUUAUGGAGUUAAAAUGCACGUACAUUGUUUAAUAAUGAUACAGGGUGAAGCUUAUCAGAAAAUCUAGGGACAAUGUAGAAACCUUACAAUAAAUUUAAUUCAACAGUCAAAAGUUGAAGAAUAGUCAAGAAAUUUUGUAAUCUUUAAAUUUUUUGUGUUGCCAAAACUUUGAAACGCCUAUGAUUCGAACCCAUGAUUUCUAUCAACAGAGUUUUGCAAUAAAUAAGGUCUUAGAUUUCCGCUCGGACCGAAAAUUGAUUUAUUCAUUUAGACUGAAGAUUCUUGUAUUUAUCUGUUAAUUUUUUUUAUUCUUCGUUAAUGUACCAUUUGUGUGUGUUUUUUUUAAAAUUGUUAUUUGGUCACCUCAUCGUGGGUUGUCUAUUUUGUUAUGAAUGAAAAUAAACAUUUUAAUUUAAAUUUGAA